AUGGCCAUCUUUGGGGAGGCAGCUCCUUACCUCCGAAAGUCAGAAAAGGAGAGAAUCAAGGCCCAGAACAAACCUUUUGAUGCCAAGACAUCCGUCUUUGUGGUACAUGCAAAGGAAUCCUAUGUGAAAAGCACAAUCCAGAGCAAGGAAUCCGGGAAGGUCACUGUCAAGACUGAAGGUGGAGAGACUCUGACCGUGAAGGAAGAUCAGAUCUUCUCCAUGAACCCUCCCAAGUACGAUAAAAUCGAGGACAUGGCCAUGAUGACCCACCUCCACGAACCCGCUGUGCUGUACAACCUCAAAGAGCGUUAUGCAGCCUGGAUGAUCUACACCUACUCGGGUCUCUUCUGCGUCACUGUCAACCCCUACAAGUGGCUGCCGGUGUACAACCCGGAGGUGGUGUUGGCCUACCGAGGCAAGAAGCGCCAGGAGGCCCCUCCACACAUCUUCUCCAUCUCUGACAACGCCUAUCAGUUCAUGCUCACUGAUCGCGAGAACCAGUCGAUCCUGAUCACCGGAGAAUCCGGUGCAGGGAAGACUGUGAACACAAAGCGUGUCAUCCAGUACUUUGCAACAAUUGCAGCGAGUGGGGAGAAGAAGAAGGAGGAGCAGUCUGGCAAAAUGCAGGGAACGCUUGAGGAUCAAAUCAUCAGCGCCAACCCACUGCUGGAGGCCUUUGGAAACGCCAAGACAGUGAGGAACGACAACUCCUCGCGCUUUGGCAAAUUCAUCAGAAUCCACUUUGGAGCUACAGGCAAACUGGCUUCUGCGGACAUUGAGACUUAUCUGCUGGAGAAGUCCAGAGUCACUUUCCAGCUCAAGGCAGAAAGAAGCUACCACAUAUUUUAUCAGAUCACGUUACUGAUCACCACCAACCCAUAUGACUAUCAGUAUGUGAGUCAAGGUGAGAUCACGGUUCCCAGCAUUAAUGACCAGGAAGAGCUGAUGGCCACGGACAGUGCCAUUGACAUCCUGGGCUUCACUCCUGAUGAGAAGACAGCCAUUUACAAGCUGACGGGGGCUGUCAUGCACUACGGCAACCUGAAGUUUAAGCAGAAGCAGCGUGAGGAGCAGGCAGAGCCGGACGGCACAGAAGUUGCUGACAAGGCUUCCUACCUGAUGGGUCUGAACUCAGCUGACCUGCUCAAGGCCCUCUGCUACCCUCGAGUCAAGGUUGGGAAUGAAUAUGUGACCAAGGGUCAAACCGUGCAGCAGGCAUACAAUUCAGUAGGUGCCUUGGCAAAAGCUGUGUUUGAGAAGAUGUUCUUGUGGAUUGUUAUUCGCAUCAACCAACAGCUGGAUACCAAGCAACCCAGACAGUACUUCAUUGGUGUCCUGGACAUUGCUGGCUUUGAGAUCUUUGAUUUCAACAGCCUGGAGCAGCUGUGCAUCAACUUCACCAAUGAGAAACUGCAACAGUUUUUCAACCACCACAUGUUCGUGCUGGAGCAGGAGGAGUACAAGAAGGAGGGAAUUGAAUGGACAUUCAUUGACUUUGGGAUGGACCUGGCAUCCUGCAUUGAGCUCAUUGAGAAGCCCAUGGGCAACUUCUCCAUCCUGGAAGAGGAGUGCAUGUUCCCCAAGGCAACUGACACCUCUUUCAAGAACAAGUUCUACGACCAACAUUUGGGCAAGUCCAACAACUUCCAGAAGCCCAAGCCUGCCAAAGGCAAGGCUGAGGCCCACUUCUCCCUGGUGCACUAUGCUGGUACAGUGGACUACAACAUCUCUGGCUGGUUUGACAAGAACAAGGACCCCCUCAAUGAAACUGUUGUGGGGCUGUACCAGAAAUCAUCAAUGAAGACACUGGCCUUACUCUUUGCCUCUGUUGGAGGAGAGAGUGGUGGUGGUGGCAAGAAGGGAGGCAAAAAGAAGGGUUCUUCUUUCCAGACUGUAUCAGCUCUUUUCAGGGAGAACCUAAACAAGCUGAUGACCAAUCUACGGAGCACUCACCCCCAUUUUGUGCGCUGUAUCAUCCCCAAUGAAACGAAAACACCUGGUGCCAUGGAGCAUGAACUGGUGCUACACCAGCUGCGCUGUAAUGGUGUGCUGGAAGGGAUCAGAAUUUGCAGGAAGGGAUUCCCCAGCAGAACUUAUGCAGACUUCAAACAGAGCCUGCCACAGGCCUGGGCAGGCCGAGGGCCCCACCGGCCAGCUCAGGGCCCCGCCGCCAAUGUGCCUGUCCUUGUGGCAGUGCUGCACAGCAGCGUGGACGCUGGUUACACUGCUGGAGCCCCACAGACCAUCCACAAUGCAACCCCUGCCUCUGGGGUCUUCUGCUUAGACAUGGUGCCCGUCAAGGUUGGCUGCAACCUCUGCAUUGGGGCAGCAGGAUGA